UCCCCAUACUAUCUUGUCUAGGUAUUUCUGACAUCGACUAGUGUUGAUUUUGAAGUUCGGUUUUGUAGGCUACAUGAGAAGCAGAUAUAAAAUUUUUAAACCACAAGGUUCUUUUCCAGAAUGAAGCGCGUGAAUUCGCAGUGCGUUUCUCCCUUCCUCUUCAUUCCAUGCGUUAGCCGUGGGGGGCGGGGAGGGGGCUCCCUCCUUUUUUUUACCCGAACAGUCUUUACAGUCAUUCUCUUUUCCUGUCGUUAGAAAGUGCCGUGGUAGCUUUUGAUUCGCUUCAAGGUGUGAGACGGAGGAGCUGAGAGGAUUCUGACUUUGGCACGCUUUACCUGGUCGUGCAAAGAGGUUUCAUCCGUGGGGGAUAGCCUACUAACACCCAAGGCAGGGGCUUGGCCUGUCCUUGCACCCCUUUCUGUGACUAUGGGCCCUUCAGAUGCCUCCAAUUGCUCAGAGGAAGCCACGCCCAUCAGGAGGGAGACAUCCAGCUGGCCCCAGGGAAAUCUUGGCGAUGACGUCACGGACAUGCACAAGCCCAGCUUUGCCAGCGACUUCACCAAGCAGCUGGGGGUGCAGGUGGCGCUGAUCAUAGCCUACUCUUUGAUCAUCCUCCUGGGGCUGGUGGGCAACUCGCUGGUCAUCCACAUGAUCGUGUGCUACCGCAACAUGCGCACCGUCACCAACUUCUUCAUCGCCAACCUGGCGCUGGCCGACCUGAUGGUGGACAGCCUGUGCCUGCCCUUCACGCUGGUGUACACCCUGCUGGACGAGUGGAAGUUCGGGGCGGUGCUGUGCCACCUGGUGCCCUACGCCCAGGCCCUGAGCGUGCACGUGUCCAUCCUCACGCUGACCGUCAUCGCCCUGGAGCGCCACCGCUGCAUCGUCUUCCACAUGGGCCAGCGGCUCUCGCGGAAGGCCAGCUUCAUCAUCAUCGCCGUCACCUGGGCCGCCGCCGCCGUCCUGGCGGGCCCGCUGGCCAUCUUCCGGGAGUACCGCCACGUGGAGAUCCCCGCCAUCAACCUGCGCAUCGCCGUCUGCUCCGAGAAGUGGCCGCACGCCACCAACCGCGACGGCAUCAUCUACAGCCUGUCCAUGCUGCUGCUCCAGUACGUGCUCCCGCUGGGCGUCAUCAGCUACGCCUACGCCCGCAUCUGGGUCAAGCUCAAGAACCACGUCAGCCCGUGCAGCCGCAGCGACAGCCUCCACCGCCGCCGGAAGACCACCAAGAUGCUGGCGCUGGUGGUGGUGGUGUUCGCCGUCUGCUGGCUGCCCUUCCACGCCUUCCAGCUAGCCAGCGACCUGGACCUGGUGCUGAAGCUGAAGGAGUACAAGCUGCUGUACACGCUCUUCCACAUCGUGGCCAUGUGCUCCACCUUCGCCAACCCGCUGCUCUACGGCUGGAUGAACAAGAACUACAGGAACGGCUUCAUCAUGUUCUUCCGCUGCGAGCACAAGCCCGACACCAUCCACCCCGAGGGGUCCUUCCGGACCCGCUCGCUCCGCACCCUCCACCUCAACGGCCACGCCGCCGGCCACCCCCGGACCGCGGUCUGAACCAGCUUCCGUUGCACGUGUCAAAGUUUAUUCAUUAUUUCAUUUUCACUCAACCACAAAGUCACCGGAAAGUUCCUUUCCGAUUUACAGGAAGGAUUUCAGUUAUAAGGAAAUGAGGAGAAAGGGGAGCAGGUGGGAUUUACACCGCAGAUCGAUUGUGUGAAGGGUGAAGUGGCCGGAUUGAGAAUCUGACAUGGACAGCUGAGUGAACACGCCUACUCUUUAGAUAUGAGAUGCAGGCUCUCUGGUGACCGCAGUGUACCAGGACCUUGAUUUAAAGCCUCGCCUGAAAGAUGAGCAUCUCCAGCAGCUGCCUGUCUCCAUCACUGUGUUGAGGAAGGGUUUUUCCACUUUGUGCAGAGGAAUUACUGCCCCCUACUGGCCCACUAGCAUCAUGUCCAGCAGCAACCUGGCUUCUCCUGGAACUCAUACACAGCACUUGAUUUCACUGUAAUUCUGGCACAUUUAUGUUUUAUGAAGAUAUGAGACAUAAUGUUUUGUAUCAGUGACUGUCCUGCAGGACCUGUGGUGACUGUCCUUACUGCAUACUGGAACACCAUAUGCUCAUGAGAAGAGCUCAUCCAAGAGUACAGGGGACGAACAUCUGGAAUUAUUAUGCAGUAUUAAGACUGAAUUAUUCCACUGUAUUAUGACUGGUACUCUUCCAUUACAUUAUGACUGAAUUAUCCUAUUGUAUUAUGACUGGAAUUAUUCUACUGUAUCUCCCUAGAGCGAAAGAGGAAUUCUCCUCUUAAAGCUCCAAGCAUCUCAAUGUCAUAACUUAUUUUGCUUGCGGGUCUUUGUGUAAUAACCCUGUGCUGAAUUAUCUGUGUUUGGCAGCCAUUUGUUUUGGGCUGUGACUUCCCUUCGUGUCUGCUUUAAAAAGCACAGUGUGUCAAAGUUAAGCCCUGACUUCAGCUUUUUGCCUUACUAUGUUGUUCACAGUUUUAAAUAACAGUGCAGUGUUAACAUUUGAGUGUUUUUUUUCAGUUCUGUUGGCUGGUGAGCCUGUUUGUUAAAGUUCACAGGAAGUGAAGUUUGCUGGAUGGAAGAAUGUCCGCCUACACUGCCUUAUCUCUGUCAGUCUGGAUGCUGGAAGCAGUUUAAAUUAAUGAGUUGGAGGCUGACCUUUUGGCUUAAGUCACAUUUGAGAGGUCUGACAACAGCUCCGAAUGUUAAACAGCUAUUUGAGCAUGCUGUCAUAGUCUGCCAACCUUGCUCAGUACAGAGCAUGUUUUUUUCAUUGCCAGUCGGUUCAUUGUUUUCAUUCAGGAAAAGCUGAGGAUGAGAACACUGAAAUCAGACAGAAACAAUCAUCACUAAAGUGCAUGUGGCUUUGGUGAAUAACAAAUCCAUAUACCCGUAGAUAGACACCAACCAAACCCGUUUGCACAAUGUCACAAUUAAAAACACAUUCAGGACACACACAAUACUUUUCUUUGUGCUUGUGAGAUUUUUGACUGUCAGAAAAACCAAUAUUAGAUGAACAACUAGUUCAGAACACAUUCUCAGCACACUGAUUUCCACAGUGAAGCUUAAACAAUCGUAUUUUCAAAAAGGCAUCCAAAUAUUCUUUGAUUUUCCUUAUAUAUUUAUUGUAAAAUUGUAAAAUCCAUGAAUGUUUUAAUAACUAGCACUUCCAUAUUUGUAGUUAUAUCUCUCUUCCUCUCACUUUCCCUCUCUCUCUCUCUCUCUCUCUCUCUCUGUCUCACACUCUCUCUGUUUCUCUGUGCAUGAGUGUGUGUAUGUGUGUUGUUAACUAUAUUCUAUAAAACAUGCAUAGAUGUAAGUCAAUCUAAGCUGCUUACAAGGCACAUAUAUUGCCAUCUGUUCAAAAUGAUGCUUUGUAGAUUUUUUUAUUUCUUCCUCUAACGUAUACGGAAAUAUAAAUCACUUUCAAGGUGGAAAAUCUGUCUAACAUGCUACAUGCUACAUGCUUGACAUUAUAACAGUGUUUAGCUGAUUAAACCAAAACAAUUUUCACCACAUGGUACACUAAAAUGAUGUUAUGUUCUCUCAGAUAAUUUUUUUUUUAGUCAACCAGAAUAUUUAUUUAUAAUGCAAUUGGAUUUUCCACUUCAGCUUCAAUAGCUUGCUUAAUGUUAUUAUAAUAAGUGGUUACUUUACCUGUGCUGCCACUUCAAGUUCAGCUACUUCACAGUCAUUGCAUCUGUGAAGAUGACCAGCCUUUGACUCUGGAAUAUUAUGUAAGAAUUCAGAGGUACAAAAUUACAAUCCACCCACAUCCAGUUGAGCAGGGUAGAGUGGAAAAUGGGAUAAUUGUCUCCAAAAUGAUCACACUGUUACUCACAGUGUCAAUAUGCUUCUCAAAAUAUGGAUCUAUCUCACUCUGGAGCAAAUGAUGUGAGCCUCAGGCAGGUUACUGGGGCUGUGUGGCUUUUAAGGGUAUUAAUAUGGUUAUUCUAUGGUAUUCUUUUUUGUGUGUGUUAUUUUCAAGUUUAUUGAAUGUGAUGUUCAAAUAAUUGAUUAAUAUCUGAAAUGUAUAGAUACAUGUUUUUGAAAAUUUGUUUUACUAUAAUCUGUUUUAUGUACUGUGGUGUGUGUGUGUGUGUGUGUGUGUGUGUGUGAGUGAGAGUGUGUG